CGUAUUCGAAAGCAAAUGGCCGCCGGCUGAAAAAUUUGCUUUCUUAAUAAUUGCGUUAUAUGUUUGUUAAUUUUAAUCAAUGUUUUUUUGUGACUUAGAUAGAUAAAUUAAACAUUUCGAUAGGAAGUUAAAAAAAAAAGGCGCAGCGAUGUCGCUGCCGCCCUAUCUUUUGGGGCCCAACCCCUGGGCCACCAUGAUGGCCCAGCAGCAGUUAGCGGCGGCGCAGCAAGCAGCAUUGCAGGCUCACGCCGCCGCUGCUGCAGCUGCGCCACCGGUGCCUCCAGCGCAACCUCCUAAACCGCAUCACAUUCCGGAGGAAAAGAUCAAAGAAAAAGCUCAAAAAUGGCACCAACUUCAAACCAAGCGUUUUGCGGACAAACGGAAAUUUGGAUUCGUGGAUGCCCAAAAAGAAGACAUGCCACCUGAACACAUACGUAAAAUUAUUCGGGAUCAUGGUGAUAUGACUAGUCGCAAAUAUCGACACGAUAAACGGGUUUACCUCGGGGCUUUGAAAUAUAUGCCACAUGCUGUCAUGAAACUGUUAGAAAAUAUGCCAAUGCCCUGGGAACAAAUCAGAGAUGUAAAAGUUCUGUACCACAUAACUGGUGCUAUUACAUUUGUCAAUGAAAUUCCAUGGGUUGUUGAGCCAGUUUAUAUAGCACAAUGGGGAACGAUGUGGAUCAUGAUGCGUAGAGAAAAACGUGACCGUCGUCAUUUCAAGCGCAUGAGAUUUCCGCCGUUCGAUGAUGAGGAACCUCCCUUGGAUUAUGCUGAUAACAUUUUAGAUGUUGAGCCCUUAGAGCCCAUUCAGAUUGAAUUAGAUCCCGAAGAAGACGCAGCUGUUGCUAACUGGUUUUAUGAUCAUAAACCUCUCUUAGGUACAAGACAUGUAAAUGGGUCCACUUACAGAAAAUGGAAUUUAUCAUUACCACAAAUGGCAACCCUAUACAGACUUGCUAAUCAACUGCUUACUGACUUGGUUGAUGAUAAUUAUUUCUACCUAUUUGAUUCUAAGAGUUUCUUCACUGCAAAAGCCUUAAAUAUGGCAAUACCUGGUGGGCCAAAAUUUGAGCCACUUGUAAAGGAUAACUCGGCUGGUGAUGAAGAUUGGAAUGAGUUUAAUGACAUCAACAAGAUUAUUAUUCGUCAGCCAAUUAGAACAGAGUACAGAAUUGCAUUCCCAUAUUUGUAUAACAACUUGCCACAUUUUGUACAACUCUCUUGGUAUCAUACUCCAAAUGUGGUAUACAUUAAGACUGAAGAUCCAGAUUUACCAGCUUUUUACUUUGAUCCAUUGAUCAAUCCAAUCUCUCAUCGCCACACAGUGAAGUCUUUAGAUCCUGUGCCUGAAGAAGAAGAUUUCUUGUUACCAGAAGAUGUUACACCAUUCUUACAGGAGACGGCUUUGUACACUGACAAUACUGCAAACGGCAUUGCACUUUUGUGGGCUCCCAGACCUUUUAACAUGAGAUCAGGACGUAGUCGCCGAGCUAUCGACGUUCCUCUGGUAAAGACUUGGUACAAAGAGCACUGUCCUCCCGGCCAACCCGUAAAAGUGCGCGUGUCUUAUCAGAAACUGCUGAAAUACUAUGUGCUAAAUGCGCUCAAGCAUCGACCACCGAAACCACAAAAGAAGAGGUAUCUAUUCCGUUCAUUCAAAUCAACAAAGUUUUUCCAAACAACCACCCUUGACUGGGUGGAGGCUGGUCUCCAGGUGUGCAGACAAGGCUAUAACAUGCUAAAUUUGCUUAUCCACCGAAAGAAUCUUAAUUACUUACAUCUCGACUACAAUUUCAAUCUGAAGCCAGUUAAAACUCUCACAACAAAAGAGAGAAAGAAGUCGCGGUUCGGAAAUGCAUUCCAUUUGUGUCGUGAAAUUCUUCGCCUCACUAAAUUAAUAGUAGACUCCCAUGUGCAAUACCGACUUAACAAUGUUGACUCCUUCCAACUGGCUGACGGUUUGCAAUACAUUUUCGCCCAUGUCGGUCAACUGACGGGCAUGUACAGAUACAAGUAUAAAUUAAUGAGACAAAUACGAAUGUGCAAAGACUUGAAACAUCUUGUCUAUUAUAGAUUUAAUACGGGUCCCGUAUCAAAAGGUCCUGGUUGCGGAUUCUGGGCCCCAGGCUGGCGUGUAUGGCUGUUUUUCAUGCGCGGUAUUACCCCGCUUCUAGAGCGCUGGCUCGGAAACUUGCUAUCCAGGCAGUUCGAGGGACGACAUUCCAAAGGUGUCGCUAAAACUGUGACCAAACAGCGAGUAGAAUCGCACUUCGACUUGGAGCUGCGUGCGUCUGUAAUGCACGAUAUCGUUGAUAUGAUGCCUGAAGGUAUCAAACAAAACAAAGCUAGAACUAUCUUGCAACAUUUGUCAGAGGCCUGGAGGUGCUGGAAAGCUAAUAUACCCUGGAAGGUGCCUGGGCUCCCAACACCAAUAGAAAACAUGAUUCUUCGUUACGUGAAGAUGAAAGCCGAUUGGUGGACAAAUACUGCGCACUACAAUCGUGAACGUAUCCGACGUGGUGCUACAGUUGAUAAGACUGUGUGUAAGAAGAAUCUGGGUCGUCUUACGAGACUGUAUCUUAAAGCAGAACAAGAAAGGCAACACAACUAUCUGAAGGAUGGUCCCUACAUCUCGCCUGAAGAAGCAGUAGCGAUCUACACAACAACUGUCCACUGGCUCGAGUCUCGACGUUUCGCGCCCAUUCCUUUCCCACCGCUUUCAUACAAGCACGACACAAAGCUGCUUAUCCUUGCUUUGGAGCGGCUAAAGGAGGCCUACAGUGUCAAGUCUAGGCUUAAUCAGAGUCAGAGAGAAGAACUGGGUCUUAUUGAACAAGCCUAUGAUAACCCUCACGAAGCACUCUCCAGAAUCAAACGUCACUUGCUUACACAAAGAACUUUUAGAGAAGUAGGUAUAGAAUUCAUGGACUUAUACUCGCACCUGGUGCCAGUUUACGACGUGGAACCUCUGGAGAAGAUAACGGAUGCAUACCUUGACCAGUAUUUGUGGUAUGAAGCGGACAAGCGUCGAUUGCUGCCGCCUUGGGUAAAACCGGCCGACACCGAGCCCUCGCCGCUUCUCGUGUACAAAUGGUGCCAGGGUAUCAAUAACUUGCAAGACGUAUGGGAAGUCGGUGAAGGCGAGUGUAACGUACUGCUAGAAUCCCGCUUCGAAAAGCUGUAUGAGAAAAUUGAUUUGACGCUUCUUAAUCGUCUCUUGCGUUUGAUCGUGGACCACAAUAUUGCUGACUACAUGACGGCUAAAAAUAACGUUGUUAUUAAUUACAAGGAUAUGAACCACACAAAUUCUUACGGUAUAAUUCGUGGACUUCAAUUUGCAUCAUUCAUAGUCCAAUACUAUGGCUUAGUCCUUGACCUGCUCGUAUUGGGUCUCCAGAGGGCCAGUGAGAUGGCUGGUCCCCCACAAUUACCCAAUGACUUUCUCUCUUACCAAGAUAGAGCAGCAGAAGGGGCUCAUCCGAUUCGCCUGUAUUGUAGAUAUAUAGACCGGAUUCAUAUAUUCUUCAGAUUCACUGCAGAAGAGGCUCGUGAUCUUAUCCAGCGCUAUCUUACUGAGCACCCGGACCCAAACAACGAAAACAUAGUUGGCUACAAUAACAAGAAAUGCUGGCCGCGAGAUGCUAGGAUGCGUUUGAUGAAACAUGAUGUUAACUUAGGUCGUGCAGUUUUCUGGGAUAUCAAGAACCGCUUGCCAAGAUCUGUGACUACUAUACAGUGGGAGAACAGCUUUGUGUCAGUCUACUCGAAGGAUAAUCCUAACUUGUUGUUUAACAUGGCUGGAUUUGAAUGCAGAAUAUUGCCUAAAUGCCGCAGUCAACACGAGGAGCUGUCACACCGCGAUGGUGUAUGGAACCUGCAGAAUGAAGUUACCAAGGAGCGAACUGCUCAAUGUUACCUGCGUGUUGACGACGAGUCGCUCGCUAGGUUCCACAACCGCGUGCGACAGAUAUUGAUGGCGUCUGGUUCUACGACAUUUACAAAGAUUGUUAACAAAUGGAAUACUGCGCUUAUUGGUUUAAUGACAUACUUCCGUGAAGCUGUCGUCAACACACAAGAGCUACUAGAUCUGCUUGUAAAAUGCGAGAAUAAAAUUCAGACUCGUAUAAAAAUCGGUCUUAAUUCGAAAAUGCCUUCCCGUUUCCCGCCUGUUGUGUUUUACACUCCAAAAGAAUUAGGUGGACUUGGGAUGUUGUCCAUGGGACAUGUUCUAAUUCCACAGUCUGAUCUCCGUUGGUCAAAACAAACAGAUGUAGGUAUCACUCACUUUAGAUCAGGAAUGUCACAUGAUGAAGAUCAACUUAUUCCUAACUUGUAUCGCUACAUCCAGCCUUGGGAGGCUGAAUUUGUUGACUCACAGAGAGUUUGGGCAGAGUAUGCUUUGAAAAGGCAAGAGGCUAAUGCACAAAACAGGCGAUUGACAUUGGAAGAUUUAGAAGACUCUUGGGAUCGCGGUAUUCCAAGAAUUAAUACGUUGUUCCAAAAGGACCGACACACACUAGCUUAUGAUAAAGGAUGGCGCAUAAGGACAGAGUUCAAACAAUAUCAGGUCCUAAAACAGAAUCCGUUCUGGUGGACGCAUCAACGACACGACGGCAAACUGUGGAACUUGAACAACUACCGUACAGACAUGAUCCAGGCCCUCGGAGGUGUUGAAGGCAUACUGGAACAUACAUUAUUCAAGGGAACCUACUUCCCGACGUGGGAGGGAUUGUUCUGGGAGAAGGCUUCCGGGUUCGAAGAGUCGAUGAAAUAUAAGAAGUUGACUAAUGCACAGAGAUCUGGUUUGAAUCAAAUUCCAAAUCGGCGUUUCACGCUAUGGUGGUCGCCCACUAUUAACAGAGCCAAUGUAUAUGUUGGCUUCCAGGUGCAACUGGAUUUAACAGGUAUAUUCAUGCACGGUAAAAUCCCAACAUUGAAGAUUUCUCUCAUCCAAAUCUUCAGAGCUCACUUGUGGCAGAAAGUCCAUGAGUCGAUUGUUAUGGACUUGUGUCAGGUAUUUGAUCAAGAACUUGAUGCUCUGGAGAUAGAGACAGUGCAAAAAGAGACCAUUCACCCUCGAAAAUCUUACAAAAUGAACUCAUCAUGUGCUGAUAUUCUUUUGUUCUCGGCCUAUAAGUGGAAUGUAUCUCGUCCAUCGCUACUUGCUGACACAAAGGACACAAUGGACAAUACAACAACUCAGAAAUACUGGUUGGAUAUACAACUUCGUUGGGGAGAUUACGACUCGCACGAUGUCGAGCGAUAUGCUCGGGCUAAGUUCCUGGAUUACACAACAGACAAUAUGUCCAUCUAUCCGUCACCUACCGGUCUCCUCAUUGCAAUUGAUCUUGCCUACAAUUUGCACAGUGCAUAUGGUAACUGGUUCCCUGGUUGCAAGCCACUCAUCCAGCAAGCAAUGGCUAAAAUAAUGAAGGCUAAUCCCGCUUUAUACGUACUACGUGAGCGUAUCCGUAAAGCGUUGCAGCUUUACUCGUCCGAACCCACAGAACCAUACCUCUCCAGUCAGAACUAUGGAGAACUAUUUUCUAAUCAAAUUAUUUGGUUUGUUGAUGACACUAAUGUAUACCGUGUGACGAUACACAAAACUUUCGAGGGUAACUUGACUACAAAACCUAUUAAUGGUGCAAUCUUCAUAUUCAACCCACGUACUGGUCAGCUUUUCCUCAAGAUCAUUCACACCAGUGUGUGGGCCGGGCAGAAACGUCUUGGACAGCUUGCGAAAUGGAAGACUGCUGAGGAAGUAGCGGCUUUAAUUCGUUCAUUGCCAGUAGAAGAGCAGCCUAAGCAAAUUAUUGUCACAAGAAAAGGAAUGUUGGAUCCUCUUGAGGUGCACUUGCUUGACUUCCCGAACAUCGUUAUUAAGGGUUCUGAACUGCAACUACCGUUCCAAGCUUGUCUCAAAGUGGAGAAGUUUGGAGACCUUAUCCUAAAGGCUACUGAACCACAGAUGGUGCUGUUCAAUUUGUAUGAUGACUGGCUCAAGACAAUCUCAUCUUACACAGCUUUCAGUAGAUUGAUAUUAAUAUUACGUGCGCUACACGUGAACACAGAAAGAACUAAAGUUCUUCUAAAGCCAGACAAAACAACACUAACGGAACAACAUCAUAUUUGGCCUACUUUAUCUGACGAUGAUUGGAUUAAGGUAGAAGUUCAGCUCAAGGAUCUCAUCCUGGCCGAUUAUGGCAAAAAGAACAACGUCAAUGUAGCUUCACUAACUCAGUCUGAGAUUCGAGAUAUUAUCCUCGGAAUGGAGAUUUCGGCACCAUCAGCCCAAAGACAACAGAUAGCUGAGAUCGAGAAACAAAGCAAAGAGCAGAGUCAACUUACAGCCACAACUACACGUACCGUCAACAAACAUGGCGAUGAAAUUAUCACUUCUACCACCAGCAACUACGAAUCACAGACAUUCAGUUCGAAGACUGAAUGGCGUGUUCGUGCGAUUUCCGCAACGAAUCUCCAUCUGCGUACGAAUCACAUCUACGUCAGCUCCGAUGAUAUCAAGGAGAGUGGUUACACAUACAUAUUGCCAAAGAAUUUGCUCAAGAAAUUUGUCACCAUUUCAGACUUGAGAGCACAGAUCGCUUGCUACUUGUACGGUACAUCGCCAAGUGACAAUCCUCAAGUGCGCGAAGUGCACUGCGCGGUACUACCACCGCAGUGGGGAACGCAUCAAGCGGUUCAUCUCCCGCGACAAUUGCCGAAACACCCGGCGCUUGCACACCUUCAACCCCUGGGUUGGAUGCACACACAACCCAACGAAUUGCCGCAAUUAUCGCCUCAGGACAUAACAACACAUGCUAAAGUUAUGGCAGAAAAUCCAUCAUGGGAUGGUGAAAAAACAAUUAUCAUAACUUGUUCUUUUACCCCCGGGUCUUGUUCUCUUACUGCUUAUAAACUUACUCCGAGUGGAUAUGAGUGGGGAGCUAAGAAUACGGACAGAGGGAACAACCCGAAGGGUUAUCUGCCUAGCCAUUAUGAACGAGUCCAAAUGUUACUCUCGGACCGUUUCCUUGGAUACUUUAUGGUCCCAUCACAAGGCAGUUGGAAUUAUAAUUUCAUGGGUGUGCGACAUGAUCCAAACAUGAAAUAUGGAGUCCAACUUGGCAAUCCACGUGAAUUCUACCAUGAAGUGCAUCGACCGGCUCAUUUCAUGAACUUUGCAGCAAUGGAGGAUGCUACUGCUCCAAUGCUGGCUGCAGAUAGAGAAGACCACUUUGCUUAAAUAUUACAAAGAUUAACAUUACAUUAAGAAUUACCUUUUAUUUUAAAACAGUGACAAACAAAUCAGUUUUUAUAUUUCAGAAAAUGGAUGAUAGUUGAGUUUGCUAAAUAUAAGUCCUAUAACUUUGUAUGAAAACUGUAAAUAAAAGAAAAAAAUACA